GUUUUUUUCCGAAACUUUGGGACAGUAUUGUUGUAUAAAUCGCGCGUAGAAAUAAUCUAUCAGGCUUAAUUUUGUUGAAAAUUUUAAAAAAAUUGAGUACAACAGCUCAACAUCGCGCACGUUUCUGGCCGAAUAUCAACCCUCAAAUAAUACGUCACGGAUAGCAAUUUCAAGGGGGCCAAAAAGGUCCGCUUUUCCGCCAUGUCGAUUCCGUUUACUGAUCUGGGACGUGACGACGACGACGGCGUCGGUUACGUCUCAGAAAGUCAUUAUCUGAAAAGUCCUACUGUUGCUGAGCAACAGGCCAUGAGACUGCUCCAGGUACCAGGCAGAGAUGGAAGAGAGGGAAGCAUGUCUUCGAAUGUUAGUGAUUUGGACGUGCCGAUAUAUUCUUCGGAGAAUUUGACUACCAGGCCUCGGAGGGAAGUAGAAUCGGGUUUCAAUGGAAAAUUGGCUUUUGCUAUCGCUGCCUCAGCACUGGGCUCGUCAUUCCAACACGGUUACAAUACAGGAGUCACUAACAAUUCCCAAAAAGUUGUAGAACAAUGGAUAAACGGAACACUGGAAGACAGGAGUGGAAUUGUACCAACAAAGGAGAGUAUCACCCUGGUGUUCUCGCUGAUGGUGUCAAUUUUCUGUUUUGGUGGUAUGCUGGGUGGAGCUGUUACCGGAUUUGUCGCUGAACGUUUCGGAAGAAAAGGUGGCCUACUCCUCAACAACAUUUUAGUUUUAUUGGCUGUCAUUUGUAUGUCAUCGGCCAAAGCAGCCUCCUCAUACGAACUACUUAUUCUUGGCAGGCUUUUAAUUGGUAUCAAUUCUGGCUUAAACGCCGGCCUAGCUCCAAUGUAUCUAGCCGAAAUUUCUCCAGUGAACCUCAGAGGAGCUGUUGGUACCGUUUACCAGCUGGUAAUUACCAUUUCAAUUUUGCUGGCCAACAUUUUGGGUUUGAGGUCCAUCUUGGGUACCGCUGAGCAUUGGCCCACUCUUUUUGCUUUAACCAUUGUACCAGCAAUUUUCAUGAUUGCCACAUUGCCUUUCUGUCCAGAAUCCCCUAAAUACCUUCUACUCUCGAAAGGUCGUGAACUGGAAGCUCAAAAAGCUUUGUCCUGGUUCCGUGGUACUUUAGCUGUGCACGAGGAAAUGGAUGGAAUGAGAGCCGAGUAUGACGCCAUGAAAUUGGUACCCAAAACCACUAUGAGAGAGUUGAUUACUAAUAGUGCCUUGAGGAUUCCUUUAAUCAUUGCUUUGACUAUUAUGGUGGCCCAACAAUGGUCUGGAAUCAAUGCUAUUAUGUUCUUCUCUACUGACAUCUUCCAUAUGGCCGGACUUGAUGAUAAUGCUUCCACUUACGCCACUUUGGGUAUGGGCGGUAUUAACGUUUUAAUGACGUUAGUUUCCUUGGUUUUGGUGGAAAAAGCUGGAAGGAAAACUUUACUUCUCAUUGGAUUUGCUGGUAUGGCCGUAGACACCAUUCUGUUGACUGUCAGUUUGAGAUUUUCGCUCCAAUCUCAAGUCGCAGGAAUCUUCUCUGUGAUCUUCGUACUAAUCUUCGUCAUUAUGUUUGCCACUGGUCCCGGAUCCAUUCCGUGGUUCUUGGUUUCCGAAUUAUUCAAUCAAUCUGCAAGGCCUACAGCUAGUGCCCUGGCUGUAUGCAUUAAUUGGACUGCUAAUUUCUUUGUCGGAUUAGCUUUCCUUCCAUUAGCGAAUGCGAUGGGAGGUUACGUUUUCAUCAUUUUUGCCGUCCUUCAAGCCUUAUUUUUCUUAUUUAUUUACAAAAAAGUACCGGAAACCAAAAACAAAUCCUUAGAAGAAAUUUCUGCCAUGUUUAGACAGCAAUCCUACCAAUAAAACUAUUUAGAAAAGCUAUCAGUUUAGGUAAAUAAAUACAAUUCAGUAUUUUGAUUUAAUUUUUAUGUUACAAAAUCCUGUCGAAUUUUAUUCAAAAAAUGUAAAUAAUAAUAUAUUUUUAAGCAAUCACAUUAACUGUGCUAACUAUCACCACAUAUUUAUAUUUAUAUUUAUAUAUGUACUGACUGAUGUAAGAGAAUUAUUUUUAUUGAUAAUUAGUAACAAAUGCUGAUCUUGAUAGCACUAAAUACUAAAAUACUAGAUGUAUGUUAAAGAUGGCAGGGUUGUGCUUCAAAACUCAAUAAUCAAUAGGUACAGAGAAUUUUAAAUGGUGCAACCCUAGUAUAUAAAGUUAGAUUUAAUUAUUUCAUUUGAGCUCUCUGGAUAUUUAGAUUAAAUAUCUUUCUUAUUUAUAUUUGUAAGUUCCUGUAUAUUUAGUAAAUUUUUCGUUAUUUAAAAUUUGAUUAUAUUUUAUUAGUGACAUAGAGGACUUUUGCUUGCGAAGAUUUAGUUAACUAUGCCACUGGAUAAUACUUAUAUAAACCAUAGACUCAUUUUUAAAGAAAUUUUUUACGAUAAUCUUUUUUAAAUAUUUAAGCGGUACUUUACAAUAAUUGUAAUCAUAAAGUGUCAAAAUAAUAAUAAAUGUUUUAUUUAUAAGGAGCCAUGUUCUUCUAGUCUUCAAGGCCCCAAAAUAUUUGAGACAAUUAUAUUUUAUUUCCAGGUGAAGGAUACUCUUAAUAAUUUUGCAAGGCAAAUAAUUUCUCAAGGAAAGUUUUGCAUAUUCAAAAAAAUUGUAUCCAAAUUAUUAAGGUUUUUGAAAAUGGAAAAUUUCCCAUAAAGAUGUAUUUUUCUGUAGUAGAAGUAGCAUUUUUUCUGGAUUAAAUUUAAGUGAAAGAUUGUAUUUAAGACUUGUUUAAAAAAAAAUGUUUUUUCUGAAAAUAAUGUGUUUUAUUGGAAAGUAAAAAGUAAAGGAAGAAACCUUAAUAUUUCAACAGUUAAACAAAUUCAAGGUUAAAAACAUGUUCCAAAUAAAAAUUAAACUCUAAGUUAAUAACGAAAAAAUAUAUACCAAAAUAAAAAUCGAACUGAACAAAAGCUUUGUAAACAAAAAAAAAAAAAAAAAAACUCAAGCCUUAUUUUCUAUCUCUAUAACCGUAUCGUUUAAUUCAUUGUUACUUCCUUGGCUAGUAUCCAUCUCAUCAUCAGAGCCUUGUAAAAUUGUUGGAUCCGAGUCAGGAUUUUCAAACAGGUUCUCCAUAGCUUUUAUUUUGGAUUUUUUUAUUGCCACAUUCCCUUUCCCAUUAUUUUCACC